AUGUUCGCCGCGUUUGGCGCCAGAAUUUAUCAACGAUAUUUCGGACGAGGCGGUGAGCGGGGCCUAUUUUUUGAAAUGUUCACAAAAAAUUGGUCAAUCUUAUCAUUCACACUCAAAAAAUCGGUUUUCUCUUUGAUUUUCUCCAUAUUUUUCAUAGCCGUUCAAUAAAAGCGCGUCAUUUUCAUUCAAAAAAACGGUUUCAUAUAUUUAAAAAAAAUAAGUUUAUAUUGCUAAAUUUUAAUUUACGAUUGUUCCUUCUUCUGCUAGUUACAUCAAAUUUUUCUAACAAAAAUUGGCAAAAAAUUACAGGAUUGGCAAUGGCGAACAACGGCAAAGUGGCCAACAAGGUGUGCCUGAUCGUCAUUGACGGAUGGGGCAUUUCCGAGGAUCCGUACGGAAAUGCCAUCCUCAACGCCCAAACGCCCGUCAUGGACAAACUGUGCUCCGGUUCGUCGAGGGCAAUUUGUUUUUCUUUGUUGAAUGUUGUUGGGCAAAAAUGAUCUUGACGGCAGUAAUUUUUGACAUUUUUUAUCGACUUUUACAGUUAGGUAGAAAAUGGCCUAUAGUUUGAUUUCACUCGAUAAAUUAUUUGCUCUUCAGGGAACUGGGCACAAAUCGAGGCGCACGGACUGCACGUCGGUCUUCCGGAGGGCCUGAUGGGCAAUUCGGAGGUCGGACACUUGAACAUCGGAGCCGGACGGGUCAUCUAUCAGGACAUUGUGCGCAUCAAUUUGGCUGUCAAAAAUAACCAAUUGGUACGCUUUUUUUGCAAUUUUUUUAAAAUAGAAAAUAGAAAAUUUCUCCUGCUAUAUGGUACAUUAUUCAGGUGAACAACGAGAGCCUCGUGGAUGCGUGCAACCGCGCGAAAAACGGAAACGGACGCCUCCAUCUGGCCGGAUUGGUCUCCGACGGAGGAGUUCAUUCGCAUAUCGGUAAGAGCACACAACCAUUUUUUUUCGCACUUUUUUAUUUAAAAAUUUCUCACGCAAAUUUACCAGCUCAGAAACAGUAAAAUGAUAUUCAGAAUUUAUGUGAACUUUUAGUGAAACUGUUUUUACAACAAAGGAUACAAAGAAGUCGAUGCGUUCUUCAAGUGCAAACUGAAUUGAUGAUGAAAACGGCUUGCAGACCACAUGUUCGCGCUGAUCAAGGCGAUCAAAGAGCUCGGAGUGCCGGAACUCUACCUGCAUUUCUACGGAGACGGCCGUGACACCUCCCCCAACAGCGGAUUGGGAUUCCUCCAGCAGACGCUCGAUUUCUUGUCCCAAACUGUCGGGUUCGUGCUGUUUUUCUUCUUCAAUUCAGCGAAACAACGCGUUUUCGGUCAGCCUACUGUCGACUUUCUUUUGAAAAUUUUUCUACAUUCAGGAAGGCUAGCCUAAAAUUGUCAUUUUUGUAGAUAUGGAAAGCUGGCGACGGUGGUCGGCCGUUACUACGCGAUGGACCGCGACAAGCGAUGGGAACGCAUCAACGUGGCCUACGAGGCGAUGAUCGGAGGAGUCGGCGAGGCGUCCGACGAGGCUGGAGUCGGUUUUUCCUAAUGUUUGAAAAAAUUAAUUUUGUUCUAAUGUUUUCCUGCGAAAAGUAAUCCCAAAUGUUCAAAAAUUUAUGGCCUUUUUAAGAGUUUGAAUGAAAAACGCAAAUUUUCAGGUGGUGGAGGUGGUGCGCAAGCGGUACGCGGCGGACGAGACGGACGAGUUUCUGAAGCCGAUCAUUCUGCAGGGCGAGAAGGGGCGUGUCCAGAACGACGAUACGCUCGUCUUCUUCGACUACCGUGCCGAUCGGAUGAGAGAAAUUUCUGAGGUGCAAAUUGUCAAAAUGUUGAAAAACCCCCCUUCUUUUCUUUCAGGUGCUCGGAAUGGAGCGCUACAAGGACUGUGGCUCGUCGCUGCCGCACCCGUCAAACGUGAAAGUGUACGGAAUGACCCAAUACAAGGCAGAAUUCCCGUUCAAAUCGCUCUUCCCGCCGGCGUCGAACAAGAACGUGCUGGCCGAGUGGCUCGCCGAGCAAAAAGUAUCGCAGUUUCACUGCGCGGAGACGGAAAAGUACGCGCACGUCACGUUCUUCUUCAACGGAGGACUCGAGAAGCAGUUUGAGGGCGAGGAACGGUGUCUCGUCCCCAGUCCCAAGGUUCGUCGCCGCCCGCUUUUUUUGAAUGGAUUUCAUUUGCAAAGCUUCUAACUCUGGAUUUUUCGAAAAACUUGAAAACACUUUGCAUUUUCAGGUUGCCACGUAUGAUCUUCAGCCGGAGAUGUCGGCGGCGGGCGUGGCGGAUAAGAUGGUGGAGCAGUUGGCGGCGGGCACGCACCCCUUCAUUAUGUGCAACUUUGCGCCGCCCGACAUGGUCGGUCACACGGGCGUCUACGAGGCGGCGGUGAAGGCGUGCGAAGCGACAGACGUGGCGAUCGGACGCAUCUACGAGGCGGCGCAGAAGCACGGAUACGCGCUGAUGGUCACCGCGGAUCACGGCAAUGCGGAGAAGAUGAAGGCGCCGGACGGAGGGAAACACACGGCGCACACGUGCUACCGCGUGCCCCUCACCCUCUCGCACCCCGGUUUCAAGUUUGUCGAUGUAAGGCGAUGACGACUCUCAAUAAAAAAAUAAUUUUUUUUGCAUUUUCAGCCGGCGGAUCGUGCUCCGGCUCUGUGCGACGUGGCGCCGACAGUUUUGGCGGUGAUGGGAUUGUCGCAGCCGGCCGAAAUGACUGGAGUUUCGAUUGUGAAGAAGAUUUAA